UGGGUGUUAAUAUGGAUGGCUCUGGCGAUUGGUUUAACUGCCUCUCAAAGUGAGGAUACAUCAAAGGCCACAGUUAACAUCAUCCCCUCAAUGUCAAGGAUACCUGAGAUUGCAGGAGUGAGUCCUAUACAUAAUGGCCAAGUCUGCAGUACGUGGGGUAACUACCACUUCAAGACCUUUGAUGGAGACAUCUUUCAGCUCCCCUCCACCUGCAACUAUGUUGUGACCUCACUGUGUAAGAGCAGUUAUGAGGAUUUCAACAUCCAGAUGAGGCGGCAGGUGGUGGACAACCAGCCCACCAUUAGCAAGAUCACCAUGAAGCUGGAUGGUGUAGUGGUGGAGCUUUCCAAGGGUUCCAUUGUUGUUAAUGGGAAUAAUACCACCUUACCAUUCAGCCAGUCUGGUAUUCUCAUUGAAGAGACUCCCUCCUACAUCAAGAUCAAAGCAAAACUGGGAUUGGUAGCCAUAUGGAACGAGGAUGAUUCCUUCUUGGUGGAGAUGGACAUCAAAUUCAGAAAUAAGACCUGUGGUCUAUGUGGAGAUUUUAAUGCAAUUCAGCAAUUUGAUGAGUUCUAUAGCCAUGGUAUGAAAUUGUCCGCUGUCGACUUCGGAAACUUCUGGAAAUUGGAUGGUCCCACUGAAAGCUGUACUGAAAACACACUGCCUUCAAAUCAGAAAUGCCCCAAUCUGAAACCAGUUUGUGAGCAGUUGCUCUCCGGUCCUGCCUUCAGCAGCUGUAAGGACUUGUUGGCCAUCGACUCAUUUGUUGAGGCCUGUGUAUCUGACCUGUGCCACUGUGAUAACAGCACCAACUCAUUCUGCCUGUGCAACACCAUCUCAGAGUACUCCCGUCAGUGUGUUCAUGCAGGGGGAAGCCAACAAUGGAGGACUGAACAGUUCUGCUAUAAGACAUGCCCCUUCAACAUGGAGUACCAGGAGUGUGAACCCUGUGUUGACACCUGCUCCAACCCUGAGAGAGGCCAGCUGUGUGAGGACCACUGCUCAGAUGGCUGCUUUUGUCCUCCAGGAACCGUUUUUGAUGACGUCAACAAGAACGGUUGUAUCGCCUUGAGUCAAUGCUCCUGCCGCCACAAUGGAAAAACCUACACACCCGGAGAGUCUUAUUCAAGCACUUGUAAAGAUUGUUCUUGUGCUGGUGGUCAGUGGGCCUGUACAGACAAGGACUGUCCUGGCACCUGUGCUGUGGAGGGAGGAUCCCACAUCAACACCUACGAUGGAAAAACCUACACCUUCCACGGGGACUGCUCUUAUGUUCUGACCAAGGACUGUGAUGGGAUGCAAUUCACUGUACUGGGUGAUCUGGUGCAGUGUGGGCUUUCUGACAGUGAGACUUGUCUAAAGGCUGUUACCCUGUCCCUCUCAGAAGGAGCCACUGUGAUCAACAUACAGCCCAAUGGAAAAGCCUUUGUAAAUGGAAUCUAUUCUCAGCUUCCCUUUUCUGCUGCUGGAGUAACUAUUUUCAGAGCCUCCUCAUUUUUCGUCAUUGUCCAGACCACCUUUGGCCUCCAGUUGGAAAUCCAACUCUCACCAAUCAUGCAGGUCUAUAUUGCUGCAAGCACCGUUUGGCAGCAGAGAACUUGCGGUCUUUGUGGAAACUUCAACAACAACCAAGGAGAUGAUUUCAAGGUCCUGAGCGGAGUGACUGAGGGCACAGCCAUUGGUUUUGCAAACACCUGGAAAACACGAGCCAGCUGCCCAGACAUCAAGAGUAGCUUUGAAAGCCCCUGCAGUUUAAGUCUUGACAAUGAGAAAUAUGCCCAGCACUGGUGCUCUCAGCUGGCUGAUCCUAAAGGGUUGUUUGCUAAAUGCCACACAGCAAUAAGCCCAGACAUGUACAGAGAAAACUGCAUGUAUGACAGCUGUAACUGUGAGAAAAGUGAGGACUGCAUGUGUGCUGCCGUCUCCUCUUAUGUCCACGCUUGUGCUGCCGAGGGUAUCCAGCUCACUGGCUGGAGAGACACUAUCUGCAACAAAUACUCCACCUCGUGCCCUAGCACCAUGGUCUACAGCUACAGCAUAAAAAGCAGUGAUCGCUCCUGCCGCUGCUACAGCGACUCUGACUUUACCUGUUCAAUCACCUUCGAGCCUGUGGAUGGGUGUGUCUGUUGAGGAACCUACCUGGAUGAUGAGGGCAAGUGUGUUCCACCAACCAGCUGCCCUUGUUAUUACAAGGGCUCAGUGGUCUCCCCUGGAGAGGUCAUCAGCAAGGAUGGAACCAUGUGCACCUGCAAGGAGGGAAAACUCCGUUGCAUUGGAGAUUCACCCAAUCAGCCAUCAUGUGUUGCACCAAUGGUUUUCUUCAACUGCUCCAAUGCAAGCCCAGGAGUGAGAGGGUUAGAGUGUCAGAAGAGCUGCAACAUUCUGGAUAUGGCCUGUAUCAGCACAGAGUGCAUAUCAGGCUGUAUGUGUCCCUCUGGACUGGUAUCCGAUGGAAAAGGAGGCUGCAUCAAGCCAGACCUUUGUCCUUGUUCUCACAAUGGAGCUACUUACCAACCAGGAGACGGAAUCAAGGUCGACUGCAAUACCUGCACUUGUAAAGACAGAAAAUGGCAGUGCACAACUAACCUGUGCCUUGGAACCUGUGCCAUUUAUGGAGAUGGACACUACAUUACUUUUGAUGGGAAACGAUUCACUUUCGAAGGAGACUGUGAAUACACACUUACAAAGGACUACUGUGGUAGCAACAAUGCCAACGGCAGCUUCAGAGUCAUCACUGAGAACAUCCCUUGUGGAACGACUGGCACCACCUGCUCCAAGGCCAUUAAGCUCUUCCUGGGGAACAAUGAACUAAUUCUGACAGAAGGGAACUACCAAGUCGUUGAGAGAAAUACAGGGGAGGCGGUUCCUUACCAGAUUCGCACAAUGGGCAUCUACCUUGUGAUUGAAGCCAAUAAUGGGUUGAUUCUCAUGUGGGACAGGAAAACAAGCAUGUUCAUCAAACUGAACCCACAGUUCAAGGGACAUGUCUGUGGUCUGUGUGGAAACUAUGAUGGCAAUGCAAACAAUGACUUCACUACCAGGAGCCAGGCAGUAGUUGUCAACCCACUAGACUUUGGAAACAGCUGGAAAGUCUCUGCAAGCUGCCCCGAUGCAAAGAACAAAAGGAGCCCCUGUACUGCCAACCCUUACAGGCAGUCUUGGUCACAGAAGCAGUGCAGCAUCAUACAGAGCAAAGUUUUCACAGACUGCCAUUCUAAAGUGGACCCCUCUCCUUUCUACGAUGCUUGUGUGACAGACUCGUGUGCUUGCGACAGUGGUGGAGACUGUGAGUGUUUCUGUACCGCUGUGGCAGCUUAUGCAGAGGCCUGUAAUGAGGCUGGAGCCUGCAUAGCCUGGAGAAGCCCACAAAUCUGCCCACUGUUCUGUGAUUACUACAACCCCCCUGGAGAAUGUGAGUGGCACUACAAGGCAUGUGGAGCUCAGUGUAUGAAGACCUGCAGGAAUCCCUCCGGGAGCUGCUCAACUCAGAUACCACCUCUUGAAGGUUGCUAUCCAAAAUGUCCUCCUGCUCAACCCUUCUUUGAUGAAGAUAUAAUGAAGUGUGUGGAGAAGGAGCAGUGUGGCUGCUAUGGCAGAGAUGGAAAACACUACAAUAAUGGAGAAAAUGUACCGACCACAGAAAACUGCCAGACAUGCUAUUGUAAUUCUGUGACAGUGGACUGCAAAUACGAUGUACAAGCUUGCACUUGCACCUACAAUGGGAACAAAUACCCCAAUGGGCAUAUCAUCUAUCACACCACAAAUGGGCACGGCAGUUGUAUCACAGCCAUCUGUGGAAGAAUGGAACCACUCAGAGGGACAUUUACCCAUGUUCAACUCCAACUCCAACCUCCACCUACAACAAAAUCAACAACUCAGACUCCCAGCUCUAGUACGACUCCAACCACUACUCCUACAUCAACCUCAACAGGAGUAACACCUACCCAAUGCAGUGGUGAAGAAAAAUGUGUGUGGUCAGACUGGAUCAACCUUGGUCAGCCAACGACUGGCUCUGAAGGUGGAGAUAAUGAAUCCAUAAAGAACAUCAUUUCUGCUGGUUAUCACAUUUGCUCAGCUCCAGAGGCAGUUGAAUGUAGAGCAAAACAAUACCCUGGACUUCAGAUCUCUCAGCUUGGCCAAGACGUGACUUGCAACCCAUCCGUUGGACUGAUUUGUCAAAACAAUAAGCAAGGUCUUCAGCAAAAGUGCUUUGAUUACGAGAUUCGAGUGAAAUGUUGUCAAUGUGGAACCACAACACACAUCCCAACCACCACCACAUCAACGACAGGUCCUCACAUCACUACUCCUACACCCACUACUACAACCUCAACGUCAACAGUUCCAUCUACAACAAAAACAACAACUCUGCCUCCCACCACUACUAUUAUUCCUACAACUCCUUUUUUUGUAAUAACUGGUGAAACAGCGAAACCAUCGAUUCCAGUCACACUACACCAUGAUUGUUCUUCUUGCUAUUUCAAUCAUACUGAUUUCCUCAUUGGCUCAAUUGUUUAUAAUGUCUCUGACCAUGAUGGAUGGUGCUACAUUGGUCUCUGCAACAAGACUUGUGAAAUAGAAACACAUUUGACCAGCUGUGGUACAUCAACUACCCCAGUUACUCCUACUUCACCAACCACUUCACAGCCCCCAACAACAACAGUUCCACAUGUAACAUAUCCAUCUGAGAAGAACUGUGACCAUGACCAUCCUCCAAGACAGAAUGGUGACAGCUGGAAACAUAACCAAUGCACCAACGGAACAUGCGCCAACGGGAAAGUUAUUUAUGAGCAUGUACAUUGUGAGACUCCGAAGCCUAUAGCAUGUGAAAAUAACUAUCCUCCAAUCCAAGUGUAUGACGAAUCUGGAUGCUGUUUCCACUAUGAGUGUCAAUGUAUCUGCUAUGGUUGGGGAGACCCUCACUAUGUCACCUUUGAUGGAACAUACUAUGGCUUCCAAGGAAAUUGUUCGUACGUCUUGGUCAAAGAAAUCCUGCCAAAGUACAACUUCAGUGUUGUAAUCGACAAUUACUAUUGUGAUGCCCCAGAUGGACUUUCCUGUCCUCAGUCUCUGACAAUUUAUUAUCAAUCUUACAAGAUAUUCAUGACCAAGAAGGACGUUGAUGGAGUUUUCACAAGUCUGAUUUAUGUAAACCAGAAACGCAUCAUCCCAGCAUAUGAGACCAAGGACUUCCGCAUCACACACAACGGAAUUGAGACCCUUUUAGUCAUACCAGCAAUUAAUGCCAAGGUGUCUUUCACUGGUCUCAUGUUUAGCAUAUACCUGCCCUGGGACAAGUUCAGUGGCAACACUGAGGGACAGUGUGGUACAUGUGACAACAACCGGACAGAUGACUGCCGCUUGCCAAAUGGGACUAUAGAUUCAUCUUGUCCUGACAUGGCACACCAAUGGUAUGUUGCUGACCACAAUAACAGUCAGUGCACACCACCACCAGAGCCGAUACCAACACCACCACCAGGCUGUGAUCCACCCAUUUGUCAUCUCAUUCAAAGCAAGGUCUUUGAGAGUUGCCAUAAGAUAAUCCCCUACGAGCCAUUCCUUGUGGCAUGUAUCUUUGAUGCGUGUUAUAUGGAUGAUGUUACCAUUGGCUGCACCAGCUUGCAGACCUAUGCUGAUGCAUGUGCACAAGCAGGAGUCUGUAUUGAGUGGAGAAAUUAUACAAAUGGACAAUGUGACUUCACAUGUGAGAAACCCAAGGUUUAUAAAGCCUGCGGUCCACAAGUUGAACCAACCUGUAAUGCCUGGUACAAUUUCAAAUUCAUCCAGACUCAAAAUGAGUUCAGUGUCAUGGGAGAUAUACAAUUGGAGGGAUGUUAUUGUCCCCCUGGGACCACUCUUAUGAGUUCCAGCUCAAACUACUGUAUCCCCAGCUGUGAUAUUUGCCCAUUGCCAAAUGGAGAAUGGAAAGAGGCUAAUGAGACCUGGGUGAGCAACUGCCAGGAGUGUGUGUGUGACCCGUACAGUCUGGAAAUCCAGUGCCAGCCUAUGGCAUGCCAACAUCAGCCUCCUCUCACCUGUGAUCAGGAGGGCCAAGUUAAGGUCGUAGAAACAGUUGACUGUUGUCAAAAGGACAAAUGCGAGUGUGAUGUCACACGAUGCUCUACUUCCAAGAUAACUUGCCCAGUCGGAUUCGAGACAGAGGCAACUAUGGGAGUCUGCUGCCUAACUUAUCAAUGUGUGCCAAAGGAUGUCUGUGUGUUUAACAACACUGAAUAUCAGCCUGGUGCCAAUGUUCCUGGGGACAAGUGUAAGAAUUGUGUGUGUGGUGACAGUGUAGAUGCCCAAAGCCAUCUACAUAUCAUUGAGUGUCAUCCUACUGAAUGUGACACUCACUGCCAGCAGGGCUAUGAUUAUCAAGCCGUUCCUGGGCAGUGUUGUGGGAAGUGUGUACAGACAAGCUGUGUGGUUAUGCUGCCAGAUAACACCACACACACUAUUCAGCCUGGUUCCGUCUGGAUACCAUCGGGAGACAAGUGUCUGAAGUAUGAGUGCGUAAAGAUUCAGGACCAACUCAUCCCAAUCGAGGCUAAGACUGUGUGCCCUGUCUUCCACCCAGAAGACUGCGUACCCGGAACUGAAGUCAUUGCUCCCGAUGGUUGCUGCCAUGUCUGUAUUCCAAUAACUAAGCCAUGCAAUGUGACAAAGAGCAAAGUGUACCUGGACAGCAAUGGCUGCAAGUCUGCAAACAAGGUGGAAGUGACAACAUGCAGUGGAUCCUGUGUCACCUACGCCAUGUAUUCUCUUGAGGCCAACAUGAUGGAGCGCUCUUGUACCUGCUGUCGGGAAGAAUCCACCACCAAGAAGGAAGUGGAGAUGAUCUGCCCAGACGGUUCAAAGUUCAACCACUCCUACAUCCACAUCAAUAAAUGUGGCUGCCAGAGGACAGAGUGCGUGACCCCGGAGGAAACCCAGGUCACAAGGUCACGACGCAGGAGAAGAUGAAUGACUCUCCACUACCAUCCCUUUACUGCUUAGAUUAGUUCUCUAUUUAUGUUCAACUUGUUCAUGUUCCUGCAAAGUAAUCUGCUAAACAUAGGAGAAAUUGUUUCAGCUUCGUAUUCAUUUUUUAUUUUAUUUUUGCCAAAAUAAAGUUGGCAAUAGGCUGUGCAUAUAUACCACAA